UUGGCUAUUUAGGACGGAAGCUCGGCUGGUGUGUCUCCAGAAGUUUCCCCCUUGGGCGGCCGCGGACCUGGUCACCUCGGUAGCGGCAGCUCCGGCGGCGGCGGCGGCGGCAGCGGCAGCAGUGACUGUUAGGGAUGGCGGCGGCUGCAGCGGGACCUGCAACAGCCCAGCUGUUUUUCCGGAGCUUCUCAGAUGCUCUGAUCGACGAGGACCCCCAGGCGGCGUUAGAGGAGCUGACUAAGGCUUUGGAACAGAAACCAGACGAUGCACAGUAUUAUUGUCAAAGAGCUUAUUGUCACAUCCUUCUUGGGAAUUACCGUGAUGCUGUUGCUGAUGCAAAGAAAUCUCUGGAACUUAAUCCAAAUAAUCCCACUGCUGUGCUGAGAAAAGGGAUAUGUGAAUACCAUGAAAAAAACUAUGCUGCUGCUCUAGAAACUUUUGCAGAAGGACAGAAUUUAGAUAGUGCAGAUGCUGAUUUCAUUGUCUGGAUUAAAAGGUGUCAAGAAGCUCAGAACGGAUCACAGUCCACAGUGUCUGCAUCCCAGCGGACUCAUCAGUCAAAAAUCAAGUAUGACUGGUAUCAGACAGAAUCUCAAGUAAUCAUUACCCUUAUGAUCAAGAAUGUUCAGAAGAAUAAUGUAAAUGUGGAAUUUUCAGAAAAAGAGUUAUCUGCUUUGGUGAAACUUCCUUCUGGAGAGGAUUACAAUUUGAAACUGAGUCUUCUUCAUCCUAUAAUACCAGAACAGAGCACAUUUAAAGUACUUUCAACAAAGAUUGAAAUUAAAAUGAAAAAGCCAGAGGCUGUGAGAUGGGAAAAGCUUGAGGGGGAAGGAGAUGUGCCUAAACCAAAACAAUUCAUAGCAGAUGUAAAGAACCUAUAUCCAUCAUCAUCUCAUUAUACAAGAAAUUGGGAUAAAUUGGUUGGAGAGAUCAAAGAAGAAGAAAAGAAUGAGAAGUUGGAGGGAGAUGCAGCUUUAAACAAGUUGUUUCAGCAGAUCUAUUCAGAUGGUUCUGAUGAAGUGAAACGUGCCAUGAACAAAUCAUUUAUGGAGUCUGGUGGUACAGUUUUGAGCACCAACUGGUCUGAUGUAGGUAAAAGGAAAGUUGAAAUCAAUCCUCCUGAUGACAUGGAAUGGAAAAAGUACUAAAUAAAUCAGUUUGCUACCAUUGCAUUGCGUAUAAUCAGCCAGUGCCCAUUGUGUGUUAAUAUUGCAUUCUUGAAUUUUGAACACGGGGUAUCUUUUUGAAAGAUUAUACCUCUUUACCUCUUUGUGCUUUAGAAGGUAUUUUCCUUCAAAGUGUUUUAAGAGUCUGAUGAAGAUCCUGUUGUAUCACUCUAUCCUUAAGGAUUUCAGACAUGUUGAAGUGAACUGAACUAUCACUUACUACUAGAUAGAUUAGUUCUACCCAUUCGUGGGAGUGCAGAUGUUGUUAUGGGAUAGCUCGGGUUAUUGCCUUAUUUUCAAUGCAGUAUUCUGUUAAUAAUUUAUCAGACUUGGCAACUUUGAGUGAGCAUAGAUUUCUUUAACUUCAGUGUAAUAUUGUUUGCUUUUAAAAACUGCUUUUGAAUGGAGUUGUAAAUACAAUUUUUCUAUGAA